UUCUCUCUUUUUCUUCUGCUAAAGUUACCAAGCUGUGAGAUAGCAAUGGGUGUUUUCACUUACGAAAAUGAGGUGACCACCGUCAUUCCUCCGGCCAAGUUCUUCAAGGCAUUUAUUCUUGAUGCCGACCGACUUUACCCCAAGAUCGUGCCACAUCAGCCCAAAACUGAAGUUGUCGAAGGAGAUGGCGGUCCCGGAACUAUCAAGAUUAUCACCUUCAGUCACGGCGGGCAAGUGAAAUCCAUAAAGCACAGGCUGGACGUAGUGGACGAAAAAUCGUUGACUUACAAAUACACGGUGUUAGAAGGGGAGCUUUUAUCGGACAAUAUAGACCAAAUUUCAAAGGAAUUAAAGGUAACGGCGGGACCUGACGGAGGAUCCAUUUUGAAGAGCGUAAGCAUUUACCACACCAAAGGAGACCACCAAAUCGACGAGCAGAAGCUCAAGAUCGGCGAGGAAAAGGGAUUGGGCCUUCUCAAAGCCGCCGAGGCCUACCUCCUGGCCAACCCUGCUGAAUAUAACUAAAUCAAAAGUCAAAAUAUAUUUCACAUAAUAUUAAUAUAAAUAAAUAAAUAUAUAUAUAUAAUUAUAUGUAUGGAUUUGAAUUUUUAUGUGUGUUUAAGCUUCUUAUAAUAAGGGUUUGAUUGUAAUUGUGCACGUGGGGGGUUUUUUUUUUAUGCUUGUGAGUUGUGAUUGUAUUUUCAAAGGUGAAAGAAUGUUAAGUUGUAUUAUUAAGUUUCA